GGGGAAAUUUUAAGGCUGAAUUGAAGGGUCUGGGAGGAAGUGGAAGACAUUUCCCACGAUCUUAGGGUCUUGUCAAACGUCAGUAUUUUUUUACAGUUAAAUUAGUUAUGGAUUGGAAAUAAUUAUCAUUUAUAUUUAUUAUUCGUUGAGAGGCUCGCAUACUGCGAAUAUCCAACAAUAACACGCGUCAAGUCUUCAAGAUCGAACUGACGAAGUUUACGACCGCUGGGGAAUUAUGUUUGAAUAUUUUAUUAGUGAAUGGGAGCUUAUAACAAUAUAUGGUACCUUGAUUUGCGCAGUCGUGCGAACAAUCGCCAUCGGAUUAGUUUUCUAUUUUUAAAAUUUAUGAAACUACCAGUAGACGACCUAAACUAUCGUUCCCAGAAUUAUCUUCUCGGAUUCCCCAAAAGCUCUUCACAAUAAUCAUCGGAAGAUUAAUGCAAAAUUUCGUAAAAUCCAUUCCCAAGUUAAUUAUUAUUCUACGCACGCUGUGCAUUGAAAAAAAAAAAUCGAAUCCCCGAAAAUGCCUCGGACCAAAACAAGAACCUUCCGCUGAAAUCGGCGGGAGUUAUAAAUAUCCCGGAGCCUAGAAAACAAAGCUCGUGUCCUUGAGAUACCUCUGGUGGCCAGAAAUCUCCAAUUAAUUCCGUAAUUGCCUACCAAUGAGGCAAAAAGAAUAACACAAGACAGGCCGAUCAAUCAAUCCUGAGUGUGUUCCACCCACGUUGCAGCAGGAAAGGCCAGGGCAACCUGAAAACGACGCUCACCGAUAUCACCCGAAUGCUCCCCGGAAACCGCCGAUUUUCGUCUUGUAUUCGUCCCCACAACGCGCACAUUUCCCGCGCAAAUCACAACUCCCCCCCGUACACAUGUACAGACAUUCUACCACGGGUUUUUGCCCCACUACCUCACUGGUGCACGUCAAACUAACACAGUUGUACUUAUAAUCGACGAAUCCCCACGCGAAAACCGGAGAAGACAGAGCCCCGGCCAGUUCGACAUCGUGGCGAACAGAUAGUCACGAUGAAGCGGUAUCAUUAUCAUUUGAAUUUCAUCGGAUGUCAAGUACACCUCAUCCGCGCCACUCGUCGCACGAUAAUUAAUGAAUUAAACGUGAUCGGCUCGUCAUCGAUUCGGUAUCGAAAAUCGCGUCUGACGUGGGGCUGAUUUAACAGCCGAGAAUUUGAGGAAAUUUUUUCUUAAUUGAUAAAAAAAAAUGUCUGUACGAGAAAAAAAAAACUGCGCAGUUUUGACGACUCGUGCCAAUGACUCGGGAUAUUUCUGGUGACGUUGGAUACGUCGAAUUCUGACAUAUUUACUGAAGACUGAUCAACAAUCGAGAGCUGGUAAAUGUGUUUGAACUGCAUUAUUUAAUGAAGUGACGUUAAAUAAUUGAGGAAAAAUCAUCGAUUCAAGUGCAAAUACUUGUGGAACAUGUGACAAACGCUAUUUAUGUGCAAACGUGUUAAGGGAAUAAAGCAGUACGAUGUCAGACAGCAGUGGUGGCUUGGACGAAUUAGUGGUUGUUAGGAUGGGACUUAAGAGGUGCGGUGGUGGCAUGAGCUCGCCCUCACUGGCCGCUACCGACGAUACAGCCGAUGCUAGUGUCGGUGGUAUAGCCGAGGGUGCCACUGGGUUACCCCGGACCCAUUCAAUGUCGGCAUUGAGGUCCAAACCAACCAGACGAGCGGUUUUCUGGGAGCCACAGUGCUUUGAAUCACCCACCAAACGGGAUUACCAUGGCGAGGACCUCAUUGUUACACCCUUCGCACAAAUCCUCGCGUCACUGCGAUCAGUCAGAAAUAAUUUUCUUUCCCUUACGAAUGUACCUACGUCCAAAUCCCGGAGGAGCAGCGGAGCUCAAGGUGGAAAUACACCGCAGCCCCGGGCAAUUACCCCCGGAGAUGAAUCCUACAUGAAGAUGGCUGUGGAAACAAUGGAGGAGCUCGACUGGUGCUUGGACCAGUUAGAAACGAUUCAGACCCACCGCUCAGUCUCAGAUAUGGCAUCACUCAAGUUCAAGAGGAUGCUCAAUAAAGAACUGUCCCACUUCUCCGAGUCUUCCAAGUCUGGCAAUCAAAUAUCUGAGUACAUCUGCAGCACUUUCCUCGACAAGCAACAAGAACUCGAUCUACCAUCACUGAGAAUUGAAGAUGCUGUUGCUGCAACAAGUGCUGACACAAGAACAUCAAAGAAGAAAGAACGCACACAGCGCGGUCCCGCAGCGAUGUCGCACAUUAGCGGUGUAAAACGUCCCCUGACGCACACUAAUAGUUUCACCGGUGAACGGGUACCAAAUUACGGAGUUGAAACACCCCACGAGGAACAACUGGGCAAGGUCCUCUCCGAUAUCGACAAAUGGGGAAUAGACAUAUUCAGAAUAGCCGAGCUCAGCAACAACCGACCAUUGACCUGCGUGGCCUACACAGCAUUUCAGAGCAGAGAUUUACUGAAAUCACUGGCAAUACCACCAAAAACAUUUGUUACAUUUAUGAUGACACUCGAGGAUAACUAUGUCAAGGACAAUCCCUUUCACAAUAGCCUUCAUGCAGCUGACGUCACACAAUCGACGCACACGCUGCUCAAUACACCGGCGCUAGAGUCGGUUUUUACACCCCUUGAAAUUAGUGCGGCCCUAUUCGCUGCUACGAUACAUGACGUUGAUCAUCCGGGCCUCACGAAUCAGUUUCUCAUUAAUUCAAGCUCGGAGCUGGCCAUCAUGUACAACGACGAAUCAGUCCUCGAGAAUCACCACCUGGCAGUGGCCUUCAAACUGCUGCAGAACGAGGGCUGCGAUAUAUUCGCAAACAUGACAAAGAAGCAGCGCCAAACUCUGAGAAAAAUGGUGAUCGAUAUGGUACUGUCAACUGACAUGUCAAAACACAUGUCCCUUCUCGCCGAUCUCAAAACCAUGGUCGAGACUAAGAAGGUGGCUGGUUCUGGUGUACUUCUUCUGGACAACUACACCGACAGAAUUCAGGUGCUUGAGAAUCUCGUGCACUGCGCCGAUCUCUCCAAUCCCACCAAGCCAUUGGUCCUGUACAGGAAGUGGGUGAAACUCCUCAUGGAGGAGUUCUUCCUUCAGGGGGAUCGUGAGAGGGAGCAGAACAUGGACAUCAGCCCAAUGUGCGAUAGACACAGCGCAACAAUCGAAAAAUCACAAGUCGGUUUCAUCGACUAUAUUGUGCAUCCUCUUUGGGAGACAUGGGCGGACCUGGUGCAUCCCGAUGCGCAGGAGAUUCUAGACACUCUGGAGGAGAACAGGGACUGGUAUCAAUCCACAAUACCACCGUCACCACCGCCCGAUGAUAGGAGUGGGGAUCAGACGUCUGAUAGGAUUCAUUUUCAAGUGACUCUCGAGGAAGGCGAUGAGUCAGGGGAAAACGUGGAGGACAGUGGUACAGAGGCUGAGGGUGAACCAGGCGAUGCCUCCAACGAUCCUGGAAUGUGACGGAAAUGGGCUGGUAUUUGCAAAAAACUCCAUGAAAAAUUUCAGCAAUCCUGGUGGCGUGUCCACCAGUAAAUGCUUUUAUCCCUUUGCACGUCAUUGCUUCAUUAGGAUUAAUGACGAUGUUUAAAAAAUACUUUGAUGCUGUCUCAAAUGGUCGUUGAAGUGGGUUAAACUGUCGGCUGGACCGAUCGACAAAAGUGAGGUUAACUUGGAGAAAAGAAAUGUCCUGUCGUGCACUGACAUCAUUUGCGAAUGCCGAAAGCGUUGGGGGAGGGGUAGAGAGAAUAUGAUCGGAGGAAGAAUCUCAGACAAGUACCUGGAAGGUUCGGAAAUUAAUCGAGGAGUGGAAAUGUUUUAAGAUUCUUAAAGUGUUUGAAAUCGUCGGAAUUCGAUAAGACGACAUAUCAAGCGAAAAAACAAAGAGAAAUGAAAUUGUUAGUACCUAAUUCAGGUUGUUAUCGAUCUCAAGAAUGGGAGAAUUGUUGCCAUCGACUCAGAAUUUCAAUUACUCGUACGAUUGAUUUUUGACAUUGUUUUUUUUUCCUAUUUUCACGCUCUCGAAAAUGAUUUUUAAACUUGACGAUAACGCUUGAAUCUUUUUUCAUUAAUUAUUGAGUCUGUUGCAACAGAGCUGGCCUCUGUUGAGGUCGACCAUUUUUUUUUAGGUUAGGUUUUGGUCACAGCCAGUCGAAAUAUCAAUUAGCCAUGAUUGAAGUUGUUUUAGACUUUGAAAUCACGUACAAUGAUGAUAACAUUCAAUUUUUUUUAACCAAAGAGUAACAUUAACGUAGGACUUGCAUUCGUUUUUUUUUCUCUCUCGAGUUUGCUUAGUUUUUAUCGAAUUGACUGGGGAAUAAUUACGUACGUUGAAAGUGUUGAGAGUGAUAGAAGCUCAUGUUUUUCGAGUAUAUUUACAGUCACUGAUACAAUCGUUCAGAUACACAGGAAUUAUUUUCCAUCCAGUAUAUGCAAAUAUCGAUAGUAUCUGGUAUAUUUUUUUUUAGACGAGGGGGGAUGUCGAUUAGUCUUGAAAAUUUUUCGGUAGGGCUGGGGAGUCUUAGGACCCCAUCGAACUACUUUUGAUGGGUUUUAUCAAGUUUAGUCUAGUUGAACCUUGCCAUUCAGCGGAUUCACGUCGCUAGAGCCACGACGAAGCUUCGUGAGCCAUGAAAUAGAAAUAAAAUGUGAAUGGAAAUGGUGCAGAGGAAGGGAAAAACAUCGUUUUUGGGGAAUGUAUGGGGCAAAAUCGACUGGGGUCAUGAUCAAUGAUUCCGUAGCUGUAACGAAAAUUUUCAAAAUCCACCGACGUUCCACCCAAUAAAAUGCAAAAUGGAUAAGGAAAUUGGAGUCGAUGUAUUUGUAUCGAUGGAGAAAAAAAUCACAAAAAUUACGUGAACAAGACUCAAAUCGUCUCGAUUAUGAUAUAAAUAGUGAUAAAUUUAACUGUACUAUAGCUGACAAGUACGAGUGUGAAAAUGAGAUGAUAAAAAAACCCAAGUUUUAACUUCUGUAAUUUGUGUCAUAUGUAGGUAAAACAGUUUGAGUUGGUGAGAUAACAAAAAUUUGAUGAAAAAAAAUCGAAAUGAGGGUGAAAUGAGCGAAUGUGGAUGUUUGGUGCUGGCCACCAAGUCUAGGGUACAUUAUUUAAGGUCUAUAAUUACGGAUAGAAGUUAAACAACUAAUUUAUCAAUGAUGAAAGACAUUAAACAAUCCUCCAAUGCAUGAAGAAUUAAAUUAAGAGAAACAAAAAUGUUUUCCCCUGAGUUUUUGAUGAAUAAUUUAAUCCUUUCUGUCGAUUGAUUGACUACUUUGUUUCUUUUGAAUAAUUGUACAAAAAUGGAUGAAAAUAUGAAGCGUUCCUCUUUGAUUACUCGAGGCCUCGUGUGAAAAAAAAAUGAAACAAAAAAUAUACAAAAAAAUCCUUUUCCACUGAUUUAUAAAAAAUGGUGAUAAAUUGGUAAAUAAAUUUGUAAACUAUCGAUUUUUGAAUUAAGUUCCGGGUGCGCAGGGUAUAAAAGUGUGAAAAAGAAUAGAGAUGAAAAAGCACCCGAUGACUUUUUGAUAUAAUUGUCGAGAUAAAAGAAAAAUUAUUGUAAAAAAAAUUAAGUGUCAAAAAUUGAAUCUAGAAAAUUAGAGGAGUAAUUCGACAACAAAAAAAUCACUGUAUUUUAAAACAAAAUGGAGGGAGCACUUUCGACAUUUUCAAUUCUGAAAAUUCCAUUUAAUUUUGUUAUGCAAAAAUUGCUUCGGCGGUAAAAAAAAAAUGCUUCAUGAGUAAAGAAAACUGACGACGAUUAUUUACCAAGAUGUAUAACACUAUUAAAUCAACCAAGAAAGAAAAAACCUAAAAAAAAGCAUAAAAAUGAAGAAAAAAUGAAUUAAAAAAAUACAAAACGUGUUUGAUUGCUGGACAGUUAAAUGACCAUGUAUUAAUAUCGUGUAACCUCGUACGAGAUGUAUGUCUAUUAAAAACAUAUUUAUUGUCGAAAAAAUAA